GUGUGUGUGGGUGUGUUUGUGUGUGUGUGUGUAAGAGAGAGAGAGAGAGAGAGUAAUGGGUCGGCUGGAUGGAAAAGUGAUCGUGUUGUCUGCGGCUGCGCAGGGAAUCGGCCGAGCUGCUGCUCUGGCUUUUGCAAAAGAAGGAGCUCAGGUCAUUGCCACAGACAUCAACGGAGGGAAACUCAAAGAACUGGAUGGAACUCCAGGAAUCAGGACUAAGGUGCUUGAUGUGACUAAGAAGGACCAAGUGGAAGCUCUGGCUAAAGACUUGGAGCGGGUUGAUGUGCUGUUUAAUGUAGCGGGGUUUGUUCAUCAUGGUACAAUACUGGACUGUGAGGAGUCAGACUGGGACUUCACCAUGAACCUGAAUGUACGCAGCAUGUACCUGAUGAUCAGAGCCUUCCUGCCCAAGAUGUUGGCUCACAAGUCGGGGAACAUCAUUAAUAUGGCGUCUGUGGCGUCAAGCAUCAAAGGUGUGGUGAACAGGUGUGUGUACAGCACAUCUAAAGCAGCAGUGAUUGGUCUCACCAAGUCUGUAGCUGCAGAUUUUCUUGAUCGGGGGAUUCGCUGUAACUGCAUCUGCCCUGGAACUGUGGACACUCCAUCACUCAGAGAACGAAUCCAGGCCAGACCUGAUCCUGAACAGGCAUUUAAGGACUUUAUGGCGAGGCAGAAGAUCGGCAGGAUGUGCACUGCAGAGGAAGUGGCUCAUCUGUGUGUUUAUCUCGCCUCUGAUGAGUCAGGCUACGUGACUGGAGCUGAACACGUCAUCGAUGGAGGAUGGAGUCUGUGAUUAUACGACUGGGAUGGAAAGCUGCAGUAAAAUUUCCUGCAUAAUGAGGGAAAUAAAUCAUAUAAUCAGAAAACGAUAUAUUCCUGUCAUCGAUAUGAUUUCAAAUAUCAUGUUUUAUUACGAAUUAAAUUUAACAAAUUUUUAUGAACAUGGUUUACUCUUAAGAUUUUUUUUAACUAUUCAUUUUUGAUUUCACAAGUAAAAAAGAAAAAAAAAAAUUCUUGUUUAAAAGGGAUCCUCUAAUUAAAGGCCGGUUGUCUGAAGUGGUGAUUUUUUAAAAAAUAAAUAAAAUUGCUUAAAAUUGUAA